AUGGUAGAACUGAAGAGGCAGUUGGAGGAGCUUCUUGAGGCAGGUUACAUCAAGCCAUCCUGUUCUCCAUAUGGGGCACCCGUGUUGUUCCAGAAGAAGAAAGAUGGAACAUUGAGGUUAUGUAUCGACUUCAGGGCCCUGAACAAGUUGACCAUCAAAAAUAAGUAUCCCCUUCCUCUUAUUGCUGAUUGUUUUGACCGAUUGUCUGGGGCAAAGGUCUUUAGUAAGCUCGAUCUUAAGCAGGGCUACUAUCAAGUGAGGAUUGCAGCGGGAGACGAGGAGAAGGAAGAGGUGCACUUCUUAGGGCAUAUCAUUGGAAAAGGUUUCAUUCGUCCAGAUCCAGAGAAAUUAAGAGCAAUUCGGGAUUGGGAACCCUUGCAGAAUAUUCAUGAAGUGAGGUCAUUUCUUGGUUUGGCGAAUUACUACAGGAGGUGGCAAGAGUUCUUAGCAGAGUUUGAUUUUGAGAUUCUCUACAACCUAGGAAAGAAGAAUAUUGUAGUGGAUGCUCUAAGCAGGAAGGGACAGUUAGCUACUAUUGAAGGGGACCAGGAGGCACGACCUAGGGCUAGCCAAGUGGAACUAUCUAGCGAGGUGUUGGAGUCUAUCAAGGAGGGAUAUCUGAUGGAUCUUCAGGCGGCGGAGCUGUACAAACAGGCUAAGGAGGGUAGGACUCGGAAGUUCAGCAUCAAGGAUGGGUUGUUGUUGUUCACCUAG